AAGACGGAUUUAAAAGAAGAUAGAUUUAGUACGUCAUAUAAACAAUUACAAUAUAUUUCUUCAUUAUUUGACAAGUGUAAACAAAACAAACUUACAGCUGUUAAUUUAACUUCAUCUUAUACAAAAUUCGCCUUGUCUUCAUUGUGAAUGAUUUGUUGUAGUAUUUUGUAAACAAACAAAAAUUGUAAUUGUUUUAACUAAAAAUAAAAAAAUAAAUUUAUUGAAAUUGAAAAAAAAUCGACACCAUGUUGAAACUAUUAACAUUUCCCAGCUACCUGCCAGCCACUACUACCAAAUGUGGUGAAAUAUUUUGUCAAAAUUUUAAUGAUUUCUCUAUUUGUUGUGCAUUUUGCCAAAUGAAAUCCUUUCAAUUUGAGGAAUUUCUACAGCAUUUACAAAAUAUCCAUAUAAAAGAUUAUCGACAACAAAUAGGAAUGGUUGCAAAUGAAUAUUUAGAUAUAGAGGUAAAGAAUGAAAGUUUAUUGUAUGAAAAGAAAGGGGAUUGCAAAGAGUGGCAGCCGCAGUUGGAAACACAAAUGACAGAUAAUAGCGAAAAUGAUCAGGAUAUUGACGAUGAUAGAGUCGAUAGUAGUGAAGAGGAAAAAUUUAGGAUUUUAAAGAAAACUAAGAGGAAAGUAAUAAGAAAACGGAACAGCAUACAAAGUCAAUCUACGAGUUCAGAGGAAAUGGAUAUGCCGGUGAAUAUUUCCAAAUCACCUUUAAAUGAUUCCGCAAAAAAUAAAGACGAAGAACGGGUCUCAAAUACCAAGAAAAAACACAAAGACAUAGAAUACUCCUGCUCGGAAUGCACAGAAAUAUUUGCACAGAAAAAAAAUCUUGAUCGCCAUGUUAUAGAACUGCAUAAUGGCUACAAAUGUCCACAAUGUGAUAAACGUUUUGGACGCAGUUAUCAUGUAACAUAUCACCUAAAAACUCAUACUAUAGAAAAAAAAUUCAAAUGUCCCAUGGAAAAUUGUGGUCGAGGUUUUAUAGACGAAGAUUAUCUUAAGCGGCACUUAGAGGUGCAUACCAUGGACCGUACGUUCAUUUGUGAAUUUGAAAACUGUGGCAAAGCUUUUCAAACCUAUAGACGUUUGGCCUCCCAUCAGUAUAGACAUCGUAUACCUAAGAAAUUUGUUUGCGAUAUGUGCGGUCACGGUUGUCGUUCUAAUACCGAAUUGAUAACCCAUCAACGAGUGCAUACGGGAGAGAAACCAUUUGCCUGUAAGGUGUGCAGUAAACCCUUCAUAUCGAAAACAGCUUUAACCGAACAUAUGAUAUCACAUUCCGAAACUAGGCCUCAUGUUUGCGGCAUCUGCCAAGCAGCCUUUGCUAAUCGUCGUGUACUAGUACGUCAUAGUUUUAUACAUUCCGAGGAGAAAACAUUUAAAUGUAAAUUAUGUGAAAGUGCUUUUAAACAUCCUAACUCUUUGCAGGGCCAUAUGCGCAAUGUUCAUGGUCAACCAAAACACAAAAGGGAGAAAAAAACAACAGAUUGAAUAGUUUUAUAUCAAUAGUAAUAGCAAAUUUUAAUAAAUAAUCUCUAACCUAAAGCACAUUUCUUAAAAUGUAUACUUAACAUGUGUUCCUUCAAUUGACUCUGUUCCACAAAUUUCUUAUCACAUUGUUCGCAGGAAAAUUUCGCCAUCCUAUAGUGUUUCUUAAAUUUAUGUGUGCUCAACAUGGAGGCCGUACGAUAACGUUUCGGACAUAAAUCACAAGCAAAUGAUAAACUAUAAUCAUCCAAUUUAUUGUGUACUUUACGCUUGUGAGUAUCCAGCUGAUUUGGGGUAUAAAACAUUUUAGUGCAAUCAUCACAGGCUA